AGGAGGAGCUGCUGUUACAUUUCCCUAAAGCUGCACUAGAACUAGUUAAGUUAGGUGUUAGUGGUGAACACUGGCACAGACAGUCCACAGAGCAGCAUCAGGAUGAAAGGGAUCUUCAUUGGUGUCUUGUGUCUCUCAGGGUGCCUCACCUUCUCCACAUGCCUCCUCCAUCAGUACCACUUUGUGUCUGAUGCAAUGAAUUGGACUGAAGCUCAGAGCUACUGCAGAGAGAAGUACACAGACCUGGUCACUAUUGAAAACACUGAAGAAAUGAAGAAACUUUACGACACAGUUUCUGCUGCUGGUCACAGCUCUAAGGUUUGGAUUGGACUGUACAGUCACAUUGACUGGAAGUGGUCAGAUGGGUUCAACCAGAGUGGAGCUGAAUAUAGGAACUGGAGUGAGAGUGCCCCAAACUAUAAGGAUGCCAAUCAGCUCUGUGUGAACUUUAAGGGAAAUGGAAAAUGGCAUGAUUAUAGGUGCAAUGUGCGGAGGUCAUUCGUCUGCUACAAUGGAACAUUAGAGGAUUCUGACUUUGUGUCAGUGAGUACAGUAAAGAAUUGGACUGAGGCUCAGAGGCACUGCAGAGAACACUACACAGAUCUGGCCACUGUGAGGAACGACGCUGACAACAACAAAAUACAGGAAUGGAAUGAGUGGUCAUGGAUCGGUUUGUACAGAGAUCCUCAGAUUUACUGGUCCGAUGGGAGUAACUACUCAUUCAGCUCCUGGUAUCAGGGUGAACACCCACUUGGCUCGAUGAAAGUCAUAUGUGGUGUUGCAGACUUGAGGCAGGGAGGAAACUGGAGGUUAUUUUCCUGUGAAGAAAGAAAACCAUUUGUCUGCUACAGCGUCCCAACAGUGAAGACGUUGGUGAAGAUGAGGGUGAAGCUAGAGGACUCCUCUUUGGACCUGAAUGACCGUGCUGUGAAAGAACAGAUUCUGAAACAGCUCCAGGACAGAUUGAAGGAGAACGGACUGAGUGGCGUCACCUUGAAGUUGAAAGAACAGGCUGAUGGGAAAGUUUUCCACAGAGAGGAAAAAGGUUCUGACAAGAAAAAACAAACUGAGCUUUAAAAAUUUGACAACAACUUUUAUUGCAUGCGCUAAUGUUUAAUGUCUGCACGUAUACACACCUCUAUCACUGUACUCGGUUAAACCAUACCAAUGAAUGAUGUUGUAGAACAACUAGCCUUUGUGUGGUUAUAUGUUUAAACUGUGCGUCUGUGUAUCAGGAACUUUAUGCAACCUGGAAAGAAUGUCUAAUUAACACCGGACACAGGGAGAGUCUCCAUCAGAAGGAAAAUGUAAUGAGUUGCUAGGCAGGUUAAUAAUGUUACAGCUGAUUAUGUCUUAUACUAAGGGAAUGACAAAGACCCACAGCACAGGUCAAGCCCAUGUGAAACAGAUUCCUGGUUGCAACUGUACGCUUCCACCAGACAGCACCAUAUAUCCAGCAUAAAGAAAUGUUAUAUUGUGUGUGCCCUUACUGGAAUUAUUGUUUUUUAACCUAUAUUAAGUUUGUGGAAAUGUAAUCAUUAAAAAACAUGCAGAUAGACAUCGCACGAAUGUAAUGGAGUGUGGAGACAGGACCUUCUAAAUCGAGUAAGGCCUGAAACAGAGGCCUCCAGAACUCCAAGAUUUAUAAUGGUGUCAAAGUUAGACCAACAACCACAACUUGAAUUCACCAUUAGAAUCGACCCCUGAAACAAAGUCGACUUGGAAAAGUGUGUCUUCCGUUGGGUUCCGGAGCCAGCUCGGGUUUACAUCUUGUUAAAGAAUAAAAUCUACUGCAUUGAA